UUUCAACUUUCUUCAAAACACUUUCUCUCCAUCUUCUUCUUCUUCGUCAAUUCUCCCUUUAAAACGGAGCGAUUCUUGGAUCUAAAAACAACUCAUAACCAACAUUUUUCCUCUUUCUCUCUCUCACAAACUCAUUGAGAUCUGCUUUCGAUCGAUCUGCUAAUGGAAUCGACGACGACAACCGAUCAAUGUCAGAAACAGAGUUUGAAUGGCUCCAAGGAGAAAUUGCCGACAUCAUUCAGUCUCCAGAGUUCCAGCCUCAACACUCUCCGUCUCCGUCGAAUAUUUGAUUUCUUCGACAAGAACGACGACGGAAUGAUAACCAUCGACGAACUCAGCCAAGCCCUCCGUCGUCUCAGCUACGAAGCUGAUAUGAUUGAAUUAUCCUCCAUCGUUAAUGCUCACAUUCGCCCUGGAAAUUAUGGCCUUGAGUUUUCAGAUUUCGAAGCAUUUCAUCGAUCCCUAAAUGAUACUUUCUUCGAUGAUGAGGAUAAUCAGGUAGAUUUUCAGGAGCCAGAAGAUGAAGAAGCCCAAGAAGAAUCAGAUUUGAAGGAGGCAUUCAAGGUGUUUGAUGAAAAUGGAGAUGGAUUUAUUUCCGCUAACGAAUUACAAGCUGUGUUAGGGAAGUUGGGUUUUUCCGAAGGAAGCGAGAUUGGUCAUUGCAAGCAGAUGAUUGUUUCGGUCGAUAGGAAUAACGAUGGUCGUGUUGAUUUUAUCGAGUUUAAAGACAUGAUGCAUAAAACCUUACUUAAAAAUAAGUCAUAGUUUAGUGGUCUUAAAAGAUCAUGCAUUUGAGUUUUCUUAUUGGACAAUAAAGCUAAGCUCUAUUAUAUGAGUUUUGUUUUUUAAUUUUAGUUAUUUAUCCUUGUUAUUCUCAAGAUUGGUGUAUUGUGUUUAAAGUUGCACUUUUGUUUUCUUUUAAUGAAAAUU